AUGUCUCAAGAAUUGACUCACCCCUCCAUCAAAGAUGGCUGGUUCGCCGAAAUCUCCGACACCAUGUGGCCUGGCUCCGCCAUGUCCUUGAAGGUCGACAAGGUGUUGUAUGCUGGAAAGUCCAAGUAUCAGGACGUUUUGGUGUUCAAGUCCACCAACUGGGGAAAUGUGUUGGUGUUGGACAACUGUAUUCAGGUCACCGAGAGAGAUGAAUACUCCUACCAGGAGAUGAUCACUCACUUGGCCAUGAACUCCCACCCAAACCCAAAGAAGGCUUUGGUGAUCGGUGGAGGUGACGGUGGUGUCUUGAGAGAGAUGUUGAAGCACUCUUCCAUUGAGGAGGCUUGGUUGUGUGACAUUGACGAGGCUGUCAUUGAGGUGUCCAAGAAGUACUUGCCAGGCAUGUCCAAGUCCUACGACGACCCAAGAACCAAGGUUCACAUUGGUGAUGGUUUCAAGUUCUUGGAGGACUACAAGAACACCUUUGACGUCAUUGUCACCGACUCCUCCGACCCUGAGGGACCUGCUGAGUCUUUGUUCCAGAAACCAUACUUCGAGUUGUUGAAGGGUGCUUUGACUGAGAACGGUGUCAUCACCACUCAGGCUGAGAGUAUCUGGUUGCACAUGGACAUCAUCUCCAAGUUGAAGGCUGACUGCAAGCAGAUUUUCCCAGUUGCUGAGUACGCUUACACCUCGAUUCCAACUUAUCCAUCUGGUACCAUUGGUUUCAUGGUGUGCAGCAAGAACCCUGAUGCUAACGUCAAGAAGCCAUUGAGAUACGAAUGGGACGACGAAUACGUGUCGGAGAACUUGAAGUACUACAACGACAAGGUUCACGAGGCUUCUUUUGUGUUGCCACAGUGGGCUGACAAAAUUUUGAACAAGCAGUGA